UUUGAUUGCGAUGCCACCGAUUUACAAAUUAUAAGUGAGCUUGGCCGUGGAGCAUUUGGUGUUGUCCACAAAGUUUGUCAUCGUCCCAGUGGAGUCAUUAUGGCAGUUAAGAGAAUCCGAGCAAAUGUCAGUUCGAAAGAUCAGAAAUAUUUAUUGCAAGACUUGGAUGUUUCGAUGGCAAGUGACAGUCCUUACACAGUUAAAGUUUAUGGUGCAUUAUUUAAAGAGGGUGAUGUUUGGAUUUGCAUGGAAUCCAUGGAGGAAUCUUUCGAUAAAUUUUAUGUCAAAGUAUUCAAACAGUCCAAAAGAUUUAAUGAAGCAAUAUUAUGCUACUUUGCGAAUUGUGUCAUUAAAGCUCUUUCUUACUUACAUAACAAAUUAAAAGUAAUUCAUAGAGAUGUCAAGCCAUCAAAUAUUUUAUUGGACCUAAAUGGCCUUGUAAAGUUAUGCGAUUUUGGGAUCAGUGGUCAAUUAGUCAAUUCCAUAGCCAAAACCAGAGAGGCUGGAUGUAAACCAUAUAUGGCUCCUGAAAGAAUUAACCCAACUAAUACCGGCGGUGGUUAUGAUAUUAGAUCGGAUGUGUGGAGUUUUGGAAUUACUAUGCUGGAGAUAUCAACCGGUAAAUUUCCUUAUGCCAAAUGGCGUACACCUUUUGAACAGCUCAAACAGGUGGUCAUGGAUGAUCCACCUCGCCUACCGGACGAUGGGAAUUUCUCAACUGAAUAUCGAGAUUUUAUUGGUCAAUGUUUACAAAAGGACGUUCACAAAAGAUUGAAAUAUGACAAACUACUGGUAGGCUUUGCAUGA